AUGAUGGGGGUCAAAGUGACAUUAUUAAAACUAUACUCCUAUUUUCUCUACACUCUGCACAGGCUUGUCCAGCAUUUUCAUAGACCAUCAGAAGUCGUGUCAGCUCUAAAGAAGAAGAUGAGGGUUUUCUCAUAUCUCAACAGAGCUAUCAAUGGCUACCCUUCUUGCUCAAAGCUCUUACUUGUUUUCUCUGUCAGUUGUGGAGGUCUUGUGGCAUAUGCAGACUCACAAUCUGACAGUGGAAGACAUAGUGUCGAACCUAAUCAAAUAGAACCUAGGAAGAAGAGAGUAGUUGUGCUUGGAACAGGAUGGGCUGGUACCAGUUUCCUGAAGGAUUUGGAUGUUUCAUCAUACGAUGUUCAGGUGGUCUCCCCUCGGAAUUAUUUUGCAUUCACGCCUUUGUUGCCUAGUGUCACAUGUGGAACAGUUGAGGCACGAAGCAUUGUCGAGCCAGUUCGGAAACUAGUAAAGAAGAGAGGCGGAGACAUUCAUUUCUCAGAAGCAGAAUGCCUCGAGAUAGAUGCAGGAAACAAAAAAAUUUUAUGUCGUUCUAAUUUCAAUGAAAACUUAGUGGGAAAUAAUGAAUUCUUUCUGGAAUAUGACUAUUUAGUUAUUGCUGUAGGAUCACAAGUAAAUACUUUCAACACCCCUGGUGUCUUGGAGUAUUGUCAUUUUCUGAAGGAAAUAGAGGAUGCUCAAAGGAUCCGUGAAACUGUAAUAGAUUGUUUUGAAAAAGCUGUCCUUCCAGGGCAGAGUGAUGAAGAGAGAAUGACAAACCUCCAUUUUGUAAUAGUUGGUGGGGGUCCAACUGGUGUGGAAUUUGCUGCUGAGCUACAUGACUUUGUCCAUGAAGAUUUAGUUUACCUAUAUCCUACAGUUAAAGAUCUUGUGAAAAUAUCGGUCAUCCAAUCUGGAGAUCAUAUCUUGAACACGUUUGAUGAAAGAAUUAGCUCAUUUGCUGAACAAAAAUUCCAGAGAGAUGGUAUUGAUGUUCUAACAGGAUGCCGGGUUGUUAGUGUUUCUGAUAAAUUGAUCAACUUGAAAGUGAAAUCUACAGGAGUGGAUACUUCCAUUCCCCAUGGGAUGGUUUUGUGGUCAACUGGGGUUGGAACUCGCCCAGUUGUAAAGGAUUUAAUGCAACAAAUUGGCCAGGGUAAUAGACGAAUUCUGGCGACUGAUGAAUGGCUGAGAGUAAAGGGAUGUGAAGAUGUAUAUGCUCUUGGUGAUUGUGCCACCGUAGCUCAACGUAAAAUCAUGGAAGAUAUUCUCAGUAUAUUUAAGGCUGCGGACAAGGACAACUCUGGUACCCUAACUAUUGAAGAAUUCAAAGAUGUGGUUGAAGACAUUAUUAUUCGGUACCCCCAAGUGGAGCUCUACCUAAAAAGAAAGCAUUUGUUUGAUGUGAUGGAUCUACUCAAAGAUUCUUCUGGAAAUGAUAGAAAGGAAGUAGACAUUGAAGAGUUUAAACUAGCCCUUUGUCAGGUGGAUUCACAGGUGAAGAGUCUUCCUGCAACUGCUCAGGUUGCUGCUCAACAAGGUGCAUAUCUUUCUGGAUGCUUUAAUCAUAGAGAGCGCUGUAAAACUAAUCCAGAAGGUCCUCGCCGCUUUAGAGGUUCUGGGCGCCAUGAAUUUCGUCCCUUCCGGUAUAGGCAUCUCGGGCAAUUUGCUCCUUUGGGCGGAGAGCAGGCAGCAGCAGAACUGCCUGGUGACUGGGUUUCCCUUGGUCGCAGCACACAGUGGCUCUGGUAUUCCGUCUAUGCAAGCAAGCAAGUGAGCUGGCGUACUAGGGUUCUUGUGGUGUUUGAUUGGACAAAGAGAUUCAUUUUUGGAAGAGAUUCGAGCCGCAUUUGAGGCAAAAACUUGGUGGCUCUCAACUUAAAAAGAACACUGGUUCUCCAAUCCUGUGGUUUCUAAUUUGUGGGCUUAUUGUUCUGCCAGACUCUAGUUCUCCACUAGUGUUUGCUGUUUCUAAUGUAUAUAUUCUCUCUCUCUCUCAACAUGGGAUUCGAAAAAUAUGGCUGUUAUUUUGGACUAUGUGAUUACUUGAGCUCUUUGAUGGAAAAAAAAAUCUUUGUUUUUGUGUGCAAAUGUAUGUGCAUGGUCCUUUUUGGGUCUUCCUUUUGGUUAGACGACAGUAUUGAAGGAGUUAUCG